UUUCUUUUGCUGCUCGAGUUUGGUGAAUAUUUUUGAAAAAAUUUAUUUACAAAGUUGAUUUAAUAAUUUUCAAAAUGCAGAACAUAUUAAGAUGUUAUCAGCGUAGUUUCAUUCGCUUUUGCUUGUAGAUGAGCGGAUGUAUCUGCUACUGCCAUCUUUAACUUUCUUUAGACAGAUAUGAAUUUUAGCGACGAUCCCCUGGCCGAUUUGCUGAGCGACAACAGUUUGGAUAAUGACAGCUUCUUCGACAAUCCAACAGGCAUACGGCCCACAACUCGUAUGAUCAAAAGUAAAAGUAAAUUAGACGAUUUGUUUGGAAUUAAAGAAGAAAGUGAACCGACAGUUUUACCAGUGCCUAAAGCACGCCAACCUGUGCCAACAACUGUAUCUACAAGUACACCCCGCACAACCAACCAGCAACAAAAAUCUUCCAAAGAUAUGCUAGAAGAUGACGACGAUGAUGAUCUGGGUUUCGAUCCGCAAAAACCAAAGGCUGGCGGUAAGUUGAAUUUGUUGGAUGAUUUAUUUGCUAGCACAAGCAUUAAAGAGUCUAAAAGGCCCGCCACCGCGCAACCCUCGACUGUGCGUCGUGAAACAGAGAAGCCAACUAUAUCGCGACAGUCAACAGACACCACCACCGACACUUCAAAUGUGCUGUUAACACAACCACGGCCAAAAACAUCGGCGGGAAGACGUAGUUCCAGUGCGUCGAAUGUAAUGCCGACCGAUCCGUUAGGACUUUUUGCUGGUUCCACCAAAGAACGGGAAAAAGAACCUUCUACCUCGGGUAUGUCUACGCCUAAAGCUAAAAAACGUGGCACUACAGCAGACUGGCUUGGUUUGGGCACGGACUCGGAAGCUGCUGGUAAGGCUGAUAAGGUAACAGAGUCACCAAUGCGCACUUCGAAACCGCCAACAACUACUUCGCUUACCACCACUGCUAGUACCGCAAGAGAAACUAUAGACAUUUUGAAGCUGCCUGAUAAUCUGAUGCAUGCGUCCACAGAGCAACACAUUGACUUACAUGAAGACGUGCUUUUGACGCCACAAGUUGUAACUUCUGCCCCAACUGGCGAUAACACAGCGCAAAAUAUACUCUUGCUAAAUACCCAUAAUUUGGAAAUGAAGAACGCUUACACGGCUCUGCAGCAGCAGGAGUCUCAACUGGCGUUGGCUACGCAGAUGAAAAACCAAGAACGCGCUUUACUGGAAAUGCAGCGUAAGCAAGAAAUACUACUACAACAACAAGAACGACAGUUCCAGACACUAGUUCAACAACAACUACAGCGUCAGCAGCAAAUGGAGGAUCAUAUUAAGAUGCAACAGCAACGAAUCAACACACAUAUACAACUUCUGAUGACACAGCCUGCCAUGCUGCCUACUUCUAUGCCAUUACCACCAAUUAAACUAGCGCCAGAGACUGACAACUUGGGCGAGCGCAUUGGAUCACCAGAUGGCACACCGGAAAAAUCUGACGAUGCCGGCGGUACUUUGGAUGAACGGCAUGGCCACAAUCGUAAUAACAGCGGUAGUCGUAGUCGGAGUCAUAGUCGCAGUAGACCGGCCUCGCCGUCGGACGUCAUGCUGGAAACGGUACAAUUUGAAGCUGAUAUCAAGCGUUUGGAAUUGGAAAAGUUACGUCUGGAAGAGCUGGUGACAAGUCAAAAGGUCAACUAUGAGCGUGAAAUUGAAUUGAUAGAACGUUCCUAUAAAAAACAACUGGAAGUAGUCGAAAACCACACAAACUCAAUCGAAAUGCGGUUAAGAGCAGAAGUGGAAGAACUUUCGAAGUAUUACAUACAAAAAGUAAGUACAUUGGAAAGCGAGAAACAAAAAUUGAAAUCAGAAUACGAAACCGACUACGGCAACUUGAAGCAGGAUCAGGAAGAUGAGUUGCGUAAGCUAAAAAAAUCACAUGAGGAUGACAUAGAUAUGUUAAGAGAAGAACAUCGACGAAUGCUAGAUAAUGUGCGGCAGGCUAAAAUGCUUGAGUUUGCCGCUGUACAAGAGAAUGGCUCAUAUAUGGAGAUGUUGAAGGCUGCCUCAAGCAACUUGGAAAAUCUAAGCGGCGGCUUGCAGGGCUUGCGCGAUGACGUACAAUCAAGACUGGAGCUGCUGCACAAAGAAAAGGAAAAGAAGUUAGAGGCUCGUGAACGACGACUUGAAGAUGCUGAACGACGUUUGAAGAUGAACGAAGAAUCCGCGGAUGAGGAAAAAAAACGUCUCAUGACGCUGGUUAGCAGUUUGGAGCAGCAACUAAACAAAUUGUCUAAAGAAUCGGCAGACGAGAACUGGAUGCUGCGCCAGCAGAUGGCCGCACUUGAGGCCGAGAAGGCAGCAUUUGAAAAAGAGAAAGAAUUUGCACGCGAACAAAUAGCCCGUGAUGAGAAACGUCUGGAGGAACUCAAAGAGCGGCAAUUAAUUGAAACGCAACGCGCUUUAACGGAUUUGCAAGAGGAACGAGCACGUCUCUAUUUGGAGCGCACAAAGAUCGAGACAGAGCAGAAGCUACAUUCCGGUCAUGAUAUGGAGAAGCAACGAUUAGAAAUGGACGCAGUCAUGAAAGUGGCGCAAGAUGCUGCUCGUCAAGCGGAUGUUGAGCGUGAACGUUAUCACAAGUCGUUGCGCCAAUUGGAGCAAUUUAAACGUGAGCUUAUCGAUAAAGAGAAUACUCUUCGGGCCAAAGAAGACGAACUACAGCAGGAAACAUUUUCGUUUCGUAUGGCUGAACAUAAAUCCCAAGAAGCGAUACAAAAAGCGCGCACUGCAGAGCAAAAUUUCCAGACAAAGCUACAACUAUUACAGAAACGCAUGCGGGAAACGGACGAGAUGGAGGUGAAUCUCUCACAAGAACGCAUGCUUCUUACACAGGAACGCAUUAAAUUACAACAAUUUAAGGCGGGUCUCUUGGAAAAGCGUUGUGAGCUAUGCAAAAUGGGCGAUCAGCGUGAGAAACUGGCGCAAUAUUUAAAUAGCAACAAUGACGAACAAGUUGCCAAUGAUGAUGGUGCAGCGGGCGAUUCGAUGGCACAGCAACGCAAUUACAUGCGUUCGGAAGAAUUAAAAAUGCGGCAAAUGUUGCAACAGGGGAGUAUUGUAGAUCGUAUGCUUGAUGAGAAUAUAGCCGAGUCUCUGCGCAAAAUGAGAGCGUCAACAAACAUGGAAUACUGGCCGGAGACGGUGCUGGACGAUGAUGCCAAAGAAAAGGCGCUACAUAAUCUGGAUAGCGGCUUUCUACGCGGCAGCGUAGAGAAUUUGUUUAAUCGGACCUCACAAACGAAAUAUUAACAUUAGUAAAUUUUAUACGUACAUAUGUGUAAAAAAAUUUAUAAAAAAUAAAC